CUCCCACCGCGGGCUGAGCAGCGGGUUAGGAUGCGCUGAGGUGAAGCAGGAGUAGUAGUUAGCACAUAGACGCUGCCUGCAGAGAUGCCAAUGACCGGUCAGUGACUCCAGGCAGCAGAAUUCAGUCCGGAACCAAGGAUUUUUCUUCACCAUUACAUUGAGUACUGCUUCAGAAGAAGAGAUCAUGGAGCCUCUGAGACGUGACGACCUACAGGAGUCAGUUUCCAGGGCAACGGAGAGCGAAGCAGUGACAAGCUCCCCGCUGAACAGCAAGCGGCUGCAGGCAGGAAUAUCCCGCCAGAUUUUGACCCUGCACCCAGUGCCCACAGACCUAACUGGAGCCAACACAGCAUCAACCAUAGGGGUCGUGCGGGAACUGGAGGAGCUGAGGGAUCUGGUGAUGAACAAGGAGCUUCUCGUACAACAGCUGCACAGUCAACUGAGGGACGUGAUUCACAGCCAAGAGCUGAGCCGCAUAGAGGUCCUAGAGAAGGAGGCCCGCUUACAGGAACUGCAGGACACCAUUACUGCACUGCACCAGGAGAUCUCUCUGAAGGACUCAAAGGCGGCCAUCCACCUACAGGAGAAACACCAUUUGGAGAACCAGGUGAAAGCUCUGAGCCAAGCGGUUUCUAGCGGUCCUUCAGAAAGCUCCUCCAUAUCCAAAAGUAAUGAGUUACUUAAGGCUGAGUUGGAUCGAAGAGAUGCAGAACUUCGGGCAGCUCAGAAUGAACAGCUCACCCUACAAAACACCCAAGAUGUCCUGUCCUCUGAGUUGGAUGCCCAAGAACAGCAGGUGUACAGGCUGCAGCGGGAGUUGCGGGAAAGACAGGAAGAGUUGGAGCAGAGACAUGGUAGAAUACAGCAGCUUCAUAAAGACCUGAAGACGAGUGUUGCCCAGAGAGAUGAAGCCCAUAGACAGCUCUCUGAAUAUAACUUGCGUCUGACGCAGCUUGAGGGGGAAAACUUUGUUCUAAGGGUCCGUCAACGAGAACUAGAAGCUGAAAUAGACAAAAUAAGGGAAGAGUCCCUGUACAUAUCACGAGAGGAGCAGGCACCGCCUGCCUGGGAGCUGCACCAGAGACAUGACCAAAGACUUCACAGAGCAGAGAAUGCGGAGCGUGAACAUCUGACAUUAAUUCACAGGAUGAGAGCAGAGAUGCAGGACACAAAGCUCCUGCUGACCUCCAAUCAGGAGGAGCUGCAGAGUGCGCAGGCGGAGGCAGCGUCUCUGCGGGGUAGGUACAGCAGUUCUCAGAGAGAAGCAUUGGAGCUGCAGGACCGAGUUUUGGGGCAGGAGAGGAAGAAUACAGAGCUGCAGAGGGAGCAUCGGAACAUUCUGGAAAGUCUUCACCGAGCUCGAGAGCAGCUUGUUAGUCAGGAGCAAUCACUGCAGGAGCUGCAGGAAGAAAAACUUCGGCUGCAUGAACAUAGCCAGCGUUUAGAACAGGAGACCGGAGCCCUGCACGCCGAGCUUGAGACCCAAAGCUUGGCUUUAAGUGAGCAACACAAUUUACAUGAGAGCAAGUUAAACCAGAAGGAGCAGCAGGUGGAACGGCUGCGUAAAGAGGUGCAGGGCCUGAGGCGACAACUGCAGCAUACAGAGGAUAAGGUCCAACAUCUGGAGACCACAAGGAUGGGUCUUCAGGAGGAGCUCUCACGAUGUCAGGCAGAGAAGACUUCACAGACUGAGAUCAUGCUGAAGAUAGAGAGGGAGAUACGAGAACUAAAUAUCCAAAAGGAGGAUGCAGAACAGAAGAUGCAGGCACAGACUAGAACAAGAGAGAGACUAGAAGCUCAGCUUGCAACAUGUGAGUCCGAACAGGAGACUGCUAAAGAGAAGAUAACGCUGACCCAGGAGGAAAGAGAUUCUCUCCAGAGCAAAGUUCAACAACUUCAAAAAGAGCUGACUGAAAGUGAAAAGCAGCUCAGCGAGGCUCUUCACAAGGUGGAGUUUUUGCAGCUUGACAUUACCAAGAAAGACUCAGAAAUUGAAUCCCUCAAGGAAGAGUUGCAAGUUUCACAGGAUGCUUUGCAAAAUGCCAGCCAGGAGAAAGAAGAGUGCAGCAAGGAGGCAGAGGCGGAGGUUCGGCAGCGAGAGAAAACUAUUGAAGCUCUCCAACAAGAGUUGUCAACAGCAAAGGAAGAGCUUGGAUCAUGCAGAAACGAGCUGUCGCAAUGUCAGUCACUGCUGGAACAGAAGCAAAAGGAACUGGCCACAGCUACAGAAGAGCAGAAAACAACUGAGAAAGAGGUCUCCCAACUCUGCAGCAAUGUGGAGAGAUUAGAGCGAGACCUGGGGAUUGUCAGUGAGAAGCACAAAGCAGCACAGAAAGAGGUCUCCAGUCGGGAUCAGGUGAUUCUGAAUCUCCGCGCAGACCUAACAGCUAGAGAACAAGAACUGCAACAAGCAAGGAGUGAGGUUUCAGAACGAGUUGAAGAGCUGAGCAACGUUCGAUCCAAGCUCAAGAACUUACAGAGUGAUAUUCAGAGCCUUCAAGACAUCUGCACAGAACGUGAAAAUGCAGCCACUGAAAAUGAAACUCUCAUACACAAGUUGCAGCAAGAGAGAGAGAAUGUUCUUUCUGAGGUGCAGAGACUACAGAAUCAGCUCUCCUCUCUGAGACAGACACAUCAGGUGGAGACUGAUCGCUUUAGAGGCGACUCGGUGCGCCUGCAGGAGAAACUGGAAUCUGUAACCAGGAGGCAUGAGGAGCAGGAACUGGAGCUUCAGCACUGCAGGGUGAAAAUGGAGAGGCUCUCACAGGACCUUGCACUUUCACAGCAUUUACAGAUGCAGCUGGAGGAGCAGGUAUCACAGCGGGAUGCUGAGCUGCGUCAGCGAGAUGAAGAGGUUCAUAAGCUACAGACACGUCUGUGGGAGGCAGAGGAGAGGGCAGUGAGUGCAGAGAGUCUGUACAACUCCUCUAACAGCAGUAUGGAGCUUUAUCGCAGCAAAUACCAGGCCUGUGUGACCCGUGCAGGGGAACUGGAGGCCAGUUUUAGGCAAAUGGAAGAUGAGCUUCGAGAAGUGAAAGAAGAGGUAGCUGAAAGAGAUUCACGUCUCUCUGCUCUGCGUGGGGAGCUCCUGGUUCUGCAGCAGGAACUGGAGGGUAAAUGCUCUGAGCUGGAGAGCUGCGAGGAGGCCAUUGACCAACUGACCCAUGAACUUGAAGCAACACAGACGGACCUGAGUGUAAGCAGAGAGCAAGCACAGCAGAGUGAAGAAAUUCUACAGUCUGUGCGAGAGCAUGCAGCAAGGCUACAGAACCAGGUGGUAGAACUAGAGGAAGACCUUGUGAAGCUACAGACAGACUUUUCCACAUAUAAAGCCUCCCAUAGAUACAGCGACAGUAGUUACGGAGAGAUGGAGAGACUGGUUCGUCAGCUUACCCAGGAGCUUGGCCAUUCAGAGGAGGAGGUGAAGAAACAGAUGAGGGAGACAGAGCGGAGUCAAGCACUUCUUCAAGAGGUAAAACAGGAGCUGACCAAGGAACAAGAGCAGAGGAACAGCAGUCUAAAAGAUAUGAAGCGACUCGAAAAGGAAGUUUGUAGUUUGCGUCAGAACACGGAAAUGCAAGUUCAGGAGCACAAGCGUCUGGUUUCAGAACAAAAGCAGCAGAUCCAGAAGCUGCAGGAGGAGCUGAGGGAGAGCAAUAAACUCGCCACCCACAAGGAACAGGCUAUACAGAAGCGUGAUGCUCUUCUGCGUCAGUCAGAAGCUGAUCUCUUGCAAGCACGUAGCUCUCUAAAAUCACUCAAUCAGGAGAUAGAGCGCCACCUGGAGACCGCACGUAAUAUGGAGAGAAGACUGCAGAAUGCACAGAAGGAGUCUGAUCAGAGAGAGCGAGAGAACAGUGCUUUAAGGGCUGAAAUGCAAGAGCUUAAGAAAGAAUUGCAAGAGACUUACAAACUCCAUCAAGAAGCAGUGCAGGCCCUGGCAGGUCAAGAGGAAAAGACUCUGCUAGUAGAGACUGCCCUGCACAGUGCACAAGAGCAACUUAGUGAGCGAGUAGCUGAAGUUGUGAGACAGGAGCAACAAGCACGCAAGAUGGAAAGUGAGAUGCGUACACUCAGGGAGCGAGCAAAUGCCAGUGACGAAGAAGUGGAGCAAUGCAGGACACUGGUGGAGCGUCUAAAACUGGAGCUUAAUGACGCCAAGAAGAGACAUCAAGCAGCAUCUCAAGAAGCUCUGAAACUGCAGCAUUCACUAAGCAAACUGCAGCUGGGACAAGCCGGUGAGCAGGAGCAGCACAGGGCACUGCAGCAACAGCUUCAGGAACAAGUCACGAUUCAGCAAUCACUGAGAUCAGAGCUGGAGGAGCAGCAGAUACGGCACGAAGAGCUACAGCGGCAGCAGCACAGGGCCAAGGAGAGAGAGAGCACGCUGCAGAGAGAGCUGGAGGAGCUAAGUCUGAGAGUGAAGCACUCUGACCGGCUGCUUGCAGAGAGGGAUCGAGCAUUGCAGAGUUUGCAGGGCAGCUACACUCAACUUGAGAGAAGAUGGCAAACUGCUCAAGAAGAGGCCAGGGACAACAGUGCUCAACUAGAGCUCACCAAGAGUGCCCUGCAGCAAACACAGAGGAAAAUCCAGAGUCAGACCAAGGAGACUAAGCGUUUAGAGGAAUCUUUGCUACGACUGCGCUCAGAGGAAGAGGCAGCACAGAAAACUGCCAGAGGGAGAUGUCAGGAGCUGAGCGUCACCCAGGAGUGUGUACAGGAGCUGAAGAACCAAGUCACUGUGACCCAGACCAGUCUGCGAGAGGCUAGAGAACAGCUAAGUGAGCGCAACAGAGAACUGGCCUCUUUAAAGAACGAACUGCAGCGCACACAGCAGAGGAAGGCAGAGCUGGAGCGAGACGGUGCAGCCCAUGAAGAGCGAAUCUGCAGACUGAGUACAGAGAUGAGCGCUCUACAUGGUCUGCAAAGACAGAAGGAGGAAGAGGCAGAGGUGUGUGAAGGCCGCCUGCGAGAUCUUGCUAACCAACUGCAGCACUGUCAGAGGCUCCACCAGGAACGUGCACAAGAGCUCAGGCAGAGGGAGGAGGACGUAAAGCAGCUGCAGGAACAGCUCACAGUCGUCAUGGAAAAACUAAAAACUGAAGGCAGAGAGAGAGACAGUCUGCAGAACACACUGAACCAACUGAAACAGAAGUAUAAUGCGGCCACCAGCGAGCUCGACACCCUGCGGAGCUCUCUAGAAGCAGCAAGGUCUGACUGCCGGCGGCUGCACCAUGAAAGCGAGCUGGUUGUGUGCAAUGUGAACGAAUGGGUCAGUGAACAGAAAGAAUCCAAUAAGACAUUGGGCGAGAAGAUACGGGAACAGAAUAAGCAAAUCCAGCAGCUGACCACCGAAAAAGACCACAUGCAGGAGGUGAUUGAGCAGAUGCAGAGGGAGAACAGAUAUCUGAGAAAUCUAGAAGAUGAGAGGCGCAUAGAGAACGAGCGUUAUAAGCUUUCGCUGCGUCCAUCUGACCUGGAGCAACAACAUGCCAGCGAGGACAUUGUGCCUCUGCGUUCUGCGAGAAGAGCAUUCACAAGUGCUGGAAACCUAAGGACAAAGCCACGCGGAGGUUCUUGAUGCUGGAGCUAUAGCGAAGAUGUUGACCAGUGCAGAGCACAGUACAGAUGCUGAAUGUACACAUAAGCUGCACGCUGUGUCCCUCUGGAAUGGAAAGUCCGGGACCUGAAUUGAUCUGGAUACCCAGUAUCUGCACUGCAGCAGGUGAUCCAAAACAAAUGUGGGAUCAGACUUGCAUGCUCGCCUAAGCACAAAAAUAAUUUGUUGUCGUCUUUGUUGUGCCAGAGAAGACUAAAUGUCUGAGUGCAGACAGUUUUACAUAUUAUGCAGAUAUUUAUAAACAGCACAAAUUAAACCUGAAAACAAAAAUUUCAGGUCUAAUUUUACAGAAUUUAUCAUGUACAAAAAUGACUACACGUUAUUCACUUCAACGGUUUGUAGCUACACAAGUAAGGCAAGAUGCAUUUCUGUGAUUGCAUCCAUAAAAUUGGCCUUCCCUGGAUACCUUAGUUUUUUAUAGGGGUUGUGCCACUACUAACAUCCGCUGUCCACAGGAAAGGGGUUAAGUGUCACUGGGGGUUCCUGACCGCAGGGAUUCUAUGUGAUUAUGAGAACAUGUGUCCACAACUGGUGGUGCGUGUGUGCAUCCUAUACGCCACUCACUUCUAGGGGAGUGCUGC